AUGUGUGGCAUCUCGGUGCUGGUCAGCUGGUCGUCCAGUGAUCGGUUGCUCUGUCGCUAUGAACAACUGGCAGGUGACAAGCUGGCAGCGCGCUCGGCAAGCGUACGCGCUUGGUGGCGCCAAGUCACCCGUCAGGGUACCAGUUCAUGUGCUGGAUCCGAAGGAUAUUAUCCUGAAAAAAACUCAAACACCGAGACGUGCAGCAACAGAUUAGGUGACGACUUGAAAACCCUGUGGACCAAGUGUUGUGAGCGGAUCCGCAAUCGCGGACCCGACGCGUACGCUGCGUAUACCGAGUCACUCAGCGGCCGGUCGCAGGGAGAAACUGCGCGAAAACUCAGAAUAGCAGCGAGUACGCUAGCGAUUCGGUCGCCGACGCCCGCAUCGAAGCAACCGGUCUUGUCACCGAGUGGCCGCUUCGUGGUAGCGUACAACGGCGAGCUCUACGCACGCGCCUUCAAGGCAAGCACUGACGCCCAGCCUUCCACGACAGAAACCCGGGAGGAAGUUAUCCAGGGAAAUGAUCUGGAGUGGCUCGCACGCGAGCUCGACUGCAGCGCCUCCGAAGAGACUGAUGCUCCUUGGCACCCGGGUGUCGCCCUGGCGGGGUGCAUCGGUCCGUUCGCUCUCGUCAUAUGGGAUCGGAAACAGAGACAACUCUAUUUUGCUCGGGAUCCACUGGGCAGGCGCUCCCUGGUCAUGGCCAUCCAUCCAUCAGUGGGCUUGGUGCUGUGUUCGGUGGCGGCAAGUCUGCCUGCUAGUGAGGUCGCCGCGAAGCAUGGCUCCGAAUGGAGAUUCGUCGAGGUUCCUCCUCUGGGCGGUCAAUGGUUCGUCAUUGACGCCCUGAAACUAGAACUGGGGCUCGCCGCCGACCAAGUCGUAUGUACGCCCCAUACUGGCUGCGCAUAUCGACCACGAGGUAUGCCCGUGUGGCUGGAGGAGGUGCCGGCCUGGAUUUGGGUUCCGCUCCACGCACGAGAGUCGCAUGGCCUCGCAGCCGGUACGCACGACUCACUCCCGAAAGAUGCAGGUUGCGAGCAUGAGACCGAUACCCGGUGGCGACUCGAGCUCGCCACAGAGCUCACCCACCUCCUCUGUCGUAUUGUGAAGCGCCAGGCAAGCGCUAGGCGGCAGGAUGCGCUGCGACCUGCGCUGGGCGUCCUUUUUUCGGGCGGUAUCGACAGUUUGGUGAUCGCUCGGGCGCUGGACGUGGUGCUCCCGCUCGAUGAAUGCAUCCAUCUGGUGCAUGUUUCGUUCCACAGCGCAGAUGAUACAGUGGCAUGUGCCGGUGCUGCUGUUGCGUUGAACAGUGUCGAUGGCGCUGAGCGACCAACCUGCACAGCGCACUGGUUGGAUCCAGGUCGUCAUGGACUCUACCCGGCAAGCGAGUCGCAUUCGGCGAGUCAGAGCGCUUUACCCACAUCGUCUGGGAGCUGCCUGAUGACAGCCGCAGCAUCCUCUCAAGACGAGCACGUUUUGGUGAACGAUCCUGCACCGGAUACGCUCCAAGCGCAGAGAGCGCUCGCUUUUCUGAAGACACAGAGCGUACGCCCCGAAAGAUACCGCUUCCAUCACGUCCGAGUGCCAGCAGCUGCUGUUGAGCGCGACCGGGUGAGGCUCGUCUCGGCCGUGGCACCCGCCGAAACGACCCCCAUGGAUAUUGCCCUGGGCGCCUGCAUCUGGUACGCUGCUGCGGGAGCGGCGGGAGCGCACCUAGACUCCGGGCCUUCUGGGCCGGUUCGCAUCCUGUUUAGCGGUCUAGGAGCGGACGAGCUCUUUGCUGGAUACAAAGGCCGUCAUCGGUCUCGUUUUCGCCAGGGUGGAUCGGACGCGCUCUUCCGCGAACUCGAAACGGAUGUGAAUCAGCUGUGGUGGCGGAACCUCGGCCGCGACGACCGCUGUGCCGCGGAUCACGGCUGCGAGCUCCGCCAUCCCUUCCUGGACGAGGCACUCAUCGAGUGGGUGCGACGAGUCCUCGGACGCCGCAACAACCCUGCCGAUGAAGCGUCCUCGUGUCUCGCUAUGGAGAGAAUCUGCGAUCUGAGCCUGCCGGACGGCGUCGGCGACAAACGCAUUCUUCGUCUGGCGGCUACAAUGCCUCCGCUGAGCAUUCCGGAGGCGCUUGCCCAGACACCGAAACGAGCCAUGCAAUUCGGAUCACGUGCAUCGGCUGUACUGGAACGGCAACAGCGCACUGGACGAACGAAGCCAACAGCGAAGACAAACGCACCGCAACGAAAAACGCAUCCCUUGGAAUCGUGA